UGUCUUGAUAGGGACACUACCCCGGAAUCGCAGCUGAUAUUCGUGCUAUGUGUUUGAACUGUCUUUGUUCGCUUUAUUCUUCAACCGGUUAGAAACUCAUCGUUGAUGAUGGAUUCGAAAAUAAUCCUGUUUCAAACAUGCGGGUUUUAUUUCCUGCUUCUUUUUUUGCAUGGCGCGUAUGGAGACAUGAGCUAUUCUUUUCCCGAGGAGAUGAAACGAGGAUCAGUUAUUGGAAAUAUUGCCAAGGAUCUCGGGCUGAAGACGGGUGCGCUGUCCAACCGAAGAGCCCGUAUUGACACCGAUGGGACUGAGAAGCGUUACUGUGACAUUAACCUGAAUAACGGAGAACUGAUUGUUGCAGACAGGAUUGACCGAGAGGGGCUUUGUGGAGAAAAGGCUUCGUGCAUCCUACAACAUGAGCUCGUGCUGGAGAAUCCUCUCGAGCUCCAUCGGAUUAGUCUCCACAUUCAAGAUAUUAAUGAUAACGCCCCUCAAUUUAACGAAGAAUCGAUUAAUAUAGAAAUUAGAGAGUCUGCAGACAGGGGAGCUCGUUUUGUGAUAGAGGAGGCGCACGAUGCGGAUGUAGGACAAAAUUUAGUUCAACAAUACAGCCUGAAAAAGAAUGAACAUUUCAUUUUGGCUUCUAAUGGAAACACAAUAGAGCUUGUUCUUGAUAAAGAGCUUGAUCGUGAAAAACAACAGGAGAUCAAUUUGCUCCUUACAGCUUUAGAUGGUGGCUCUCCUCAGAGAUCAGGUACUGUAGUCAUACACGUCACUGUGCUGGAUGCUAAUGAUAACGCCCCAGUGUUUAGUCAGGCAGUUUAUAAAGCCAGUCUGCCUGAAAACUCUCCUUUAGACACUGUGGUGGUCACAGUGAGUGCAACUGAUGUAGACGAGGGAGUCAAUGGAGAUGUGACAUAUGACUUCGGACAUGUUUCAGAGGAUGUGAAGAAGAUAUUUAGCAUUGACCGUAAAGUGGGGGAGAUACGAAUAAUAGGCACAGUUGACUAUGAAACUACCACAUCAUUUGAAAUACGCGUUAAAGCAAAAGAUGGAUUAGGACUGUCAUCAUAUGCUAAAGCAAUAAUUUCUAUCACUGACGUGAAUGACAACGCUCCUGUAGUCGAUUUGAAAUCACUGACAAAUCCCAUUCCAGAGGACACCCCACCUGGUACAGAGGUGGGCAUCAUUAACGUACAGGAUAGAGACUCUGAGACUAACAAACAGGUCCGCUGCUCCAUUCAACAAAACGUCCCUUUUAAGUUGGUUCCUUCUAUUAAAAACUAUUAUUCUCUGGUGACCACAGGACAACUGGACCGUGAACUAGUGUCUGAUUACAACAUUACAAUCACUGCCACUGACGAGGGCUCUCCACCUCUGUCCUCCUCUAAAACUGUUCAGUUAUCUGUAGCAGACAUCAACGACAACCCACCUGUGUUUGAGGAACAGUCCUACAGCGCAUAUGUGACUGAAAAUAACAAACCUGGCUCCACUUUAUGUUCCGUUACUGCUCGAGACCCCGACUGGAGACAAAACGGUACAGUGAUUUAUUCUCUGUUAGCUGGUGAGGUGAACGGUGCCCCUGUGUCCUCCUAUCUGUCUGUUAACGGAGACACGGGGGUGAUCCACGCUGUGAGGUCGUUUGAUUAUGAACAGUUCAGGAGUUUUAAAGUCCACGUGAUGGCCAGAGACAACGGUUCUCCUCCGCUCAGCAGCAACGUGACCGUCAGUGUCUUUAUAUCUGAUGUGAAUGACAACUCUCCUCAGAUACUGUACCCCGCCCCGGAGGGCAACUCCUUCAUGACCGAGCUGGUCCCCAAAGCUGCACACGGAGGCUCUCUGGUGUCCAAAGUGAUAUCGGUGGACGCGGACUCCGGACAGAACGCCUGGCUGUCCUAUCAUAUAGUCAAAUCCACUGAUCCGGGACUUUUCACUAUUGGUCUCCACAGCGGAGAGAUCAGGACACAGCGGGACAUUUCUGAAUCAGACAGCAUGAAACAGAACCUUAUUGUGUCAGUGAAAGAUAACGGACAGCCCUCUCUCUCUACCACCUGUUCCAUGUAUUUACUUAUUUCUGAUAACUUGGCUGAGGUGCCAGAACUGAAGGAUAUUUCUUAUGAUGAGAAGAAUUCCAAACUGACCUCUUAUCUGAUCAUCGCGCUGGUUUCUGUGUCCACCUUUUUUCUGACCUUCAUCAUCAUCAUCCUGGGUGUGAGGUUUUGUCGCAGGAGAAAGCCCAGACUGUUGUUUGAUGGAGCAGUUGCCAUCCCUAGUGCGUAUCUCCCUCCUAAUUAUGCAGAUGUUGACGGCACGGGAACUUUACGUAGCGCUUACAAUUAUGACGCAUACCUGACAACAGGAUCUAGAACCAGUGACUUUAAGUUCGUAACAUCUUACAAUGACAACACACUGCCUGCUGACCAGACUCUGAGGAAAAGUCCAAGUGACUUUGUAGAUGCUUUUGGGGACUGUAAUGGUUCUCCUGAGGUAGGCACGUGUUUUGUAUCACUUUUCCCAGAUUCACAUUAGUGAAUCACAUAUUAUCUCUCUCUCUCACGGACACACACACACACACACACACACACACACACACACACACACACAUGCAGUUAGGGUUCAUAUGAGUGUCAUUUGAUGAGUCUGUUGUUGAAAAUAUAAAACACACAUUCUCUCUCUCUGUCUCUCUCUCUCUCUCUCUCUCUCUCUCUCUCUCUCUCUCUCUCUCUCUCUCUCUCUCACACACACACACACACACACACACACACACACACACACACACACACACACACACACACACACACACACACAAAGGCUUUCCCUAUUUGUUCAUAUGAAGCCUCUUUGAUGUGCCUGUUGUAACUAAUGUAUCUGUCCUUGGUGCUGAUCACUGAUUUGGGCACUAUGGCCUCUGUUUUCUAUCCUGGUGUCUGUUUCUGGUCUCACUGAGUUUUAUUACUUUAAUUUCAUCAUUUACUCAUGUUGAAAUCAAAAGAAAAAUUUUGUAUCUCAUAUUUUAUUGUGUUUGAUUUUUUUAUUUCAUUAAAACCUUUUCAAUGUCAUUUGUAGAUAGAGGAACGCAGACAUUUAUGUUUUGUCACUUAUGCCUAUGAUAAAGACAGAUUGAGAUACAGUAAACUUUUGUCUAUGAUACAGGUGAGGUGACUGCCAACAAAUGUUACAUUGGCACUGAACAUUAGUACUGGAUGCAAAUUGCCAAUGUACAUUAAUCGCUAAGUUUUUAACUGGCCAAUAAAAAAUCUGUUUCCCUAAA